AUGAUGAAUAUCACAUUCUCUACGAAUAAGAUGUACAGUUAUCAAGCUAGAUACUUGUUAGCUAAAUCCGACUUUGAUUUGUGGGCGAAGGUCUUGUCUCCAGACAACGUACACAGAAGGCAGCUUAUCGACCAAGUUGUGUCAACAGGCAUCCCAGAAUUGAGUGAUCCCGAGCCUGUUUCCGUUACAGUCAAGGCUUUCAUGGAAAAUGACUUACCACAAGAAUUGAUUGAGUUGUUAGAGAAAAUCAUUUUGGAGCCUUCUCCAUUUAACGAUAACACUUCUUUGCAAGGUUUAUUGAUCUUAACAGCGAUUAAAGCUGACCCAUCUCGUGUUGCAAACUAUGUUGAGAAAUUGGACAAGUAUGAUCCCACUGAGAUCGCUCCAUUGUGUAUUGACAACGACUUGUUUGAAGAAGCUUUCGAUGUAUAUGACAAAUUCGAAUUAAGAAGCGAAGCUAUGAAGGUCUUAGUUGAAGAUAUCAUGUCCCUCGACAGAGGUGAACAAUAUGCCGAGAAAUACGAUACUCCUGAAUUGUGGUUCCAAUUGGGUACUGCGCAAUUGAACGGCUUACGUAUUCCAGAAGCUAUUAGCUCUUAUGUCAAGUCCAAGAACCCUAGCAACUUCGAACAGGUCAUCGAAAUCGCUGAACGUGCUGGAAAAGAAGAGGAAUUGAUCCCAUUCUUAGAAAUGGCUAGAGAGACAUUGAGAGAGCCAAUCGUUGACAAUGCUGUGAUCAACUGUUACGCAUCUUUGAACAAGUUAUCAGAAAUUGAGAAGUUUGUUGCUGGCCCUAACGUUGCUGUCUUGGAAGAAAUUGGUGACAAAUUAUUUGAGGCUAAAAAUUACAAGGCGGCCAAAAUUUUGUACUCCAAUAUUUCAAAGUACUCCAAGCUUGCUACAACCUUGGUUUAUUUAGAGGAUUACCAAGGUGCUGUUGACUGUGCCAGAAAGGCUUCGAACACCAAUGUUUGGAAGCAGGUGAACAGCGCAUGUAUUGAGAACAAGGAGUUCAGAUUGGCUCAAAUCUGUGGUUUGAACUUAAUUAUUGAUGCUGAGGAGUUACCCGAGUUGGUUAGAACCUAUGAGUACAAUGGUUACUUCGACGAGGUAAUUUCGCUUUUCGAAAGUGGUUUGGGCUUGGAGAGAGCACAUAUGGGAAUGUUCACCGAGUUAGCUAUCCUCUACUCUAAAUACAGACCGGAGAAGGUUAUGGAACAUUUGAAAUUGUUCUGGUCAAGAAUUAACAUUCCAAAAGUGUUGAGUGCUUGUGAGGAUGCGCAUUUGUAUCCUGAGUUGAUCUUCUUGUACUGCCACUACGAAGAAUGGGACAACGCUGCUUUGACUAUGAUUGAUAAGUCUGAAGUUGCCUUCGAUCAUUCAUCUUUCAAGGAAAUCAUCGUGAAGGUGUCUAACUUGGAGAUAUAUUACAAGGCUAUCAACUUCUACAUGUCUGAGAACCCAACUCUUUUGGUUGACUUAUUGUCUGUUUUGACACCUAAACUUGAUUUACCAAGAGUUGUCAGGAUGUUCGUCAAGUCAGACAACUUGCCAUUGAUUAAGCCUUUCUUGAUUUCUGUGCUCGAUAAGAACAACUCUAUUGUCAACAGUGCCUACCAUGACUUGUUGAUCGAGGAGGAGGACUACAAGUCGUUGAACUCUGCCAUCGAGAGUGAAACUAGCAACAGAUUCAACUCUCUUGAUUUGGCCGAGAGAUUGGAAAACCAUAAGAUAAUCUUUUUCAGACAAAUCUCUGCCACAUUGUACACCAAGAAUAAGAAGUACAACAAGGCGAUUUCGAUUUUGAAGAGUGACAAAUUAUGGGCUGACUUGAUCAAGACAGUGACAAUUUCAAAGUCUACCAAGCUUGCGCAUGAACUAUUGGACUACUUUGUGGAAACUGGUAAUCACGAAUGUUUUGUUGCCCUCUUGUACUCGAGUUACGACCUCGUCGAGUUUGAUUAUGUCCUUGAGUUGAGCUGGUUGCACAACUUAGGCAACUUCAUUAAACCAUAUGAAAUUUCCAUCGUUUACGAGAACCGCAAGAAGCUUGAUGAGGUUUACGAUGACUUGCAGAAGAGAAAGCAAGCGGAGGAGAAGGAUGAUGAACCUGCUACUGGGCAGCCAUUGAUGAUCACUGGAGGUCCUGUUGCUCAAAACUUUACAGGGUUGGGCUACCAACCUACUGGCACCGGUUUCGGCAAUGCCUUUUGA